AUGAACAAUCAAAUAUCUCAAUUUCACCUGUAGAUUCAACCUUAAUAGCAAACUCUCACGCCUAACCUUAAUAUAAAAUCUAAAUUUCUCCAUAAUUCAAGGAAGAUCAUUGCAUAUCAUAACAAUAAUGAUUAAAACUUCGACAAUAGUGCAAGUAGCAAAGGUUCGAGUAAUGAAAUCAUACUUUUUGAAGGAAAGAGAAGAGCUUAAAAGGAUUAAUAAGAGUUGAAGAACUACCCUUCUUAUUACAAUAAAAAUACUACUUCUCAGAUUAGAUUCAAGAAUGACAAUUUCAAUGACCAUCUCAUUGAUAAAAGUGCCUCUCCAGAUCAUAAGAUAUCAGUAACAAUGGUGGAUGAGGAAAAUAAUGUUGAUCAUUAAAGACUUCGAAACCAUGAUUUAUCAAGUGGAGGAGGUAGUGGUGAAAGUAAAGAACCUGGAUCUAGUGAAGGUAAGAUAAGUCUACAGACUAAGAUAUUGAAUAAACUGAGAAACAGAAAUAAAGAAAUUAUAUCGCAGCUCAAUCCUCAUUACUUUGCCAUUUAUCAUAAUAACAAUAAUUAGGAGAACAAUUCUUCUCCUUAUAUGAAUUCAAAUGGCAGUGAAAUUACGUUGAGAAAUCAAAACAGUCAUAGUCAGAGUAAUGCUUAUAGCUUGAGUGGAAGCUCCCCGCCCAUUCACGAUUACUAAAACUAAACAGAUUAUACUCCUUCAUUGAACUUAUCUGAGUCAAUGAAUUAAGAUGAAUUACAAUUAUCAAUCAGUAAUUAGUAGCUUCAAUAGCAGUAUAAAGAGUUAAAAUAUCAACAUCAUUAGAUCAAGCAUAAAAUAAAUUAGAUUGAUAGGAAUACCAUUAGAAACUAAUCCCCUGAUGAAAUUAUGAUCUAAGAUUUUAGCAUUCAAACAUAAUCAAACCCUUAAAAUCAGAAUUCAAGUGAGAUGGUCUCUGACUUCACAGUAGAAAGAUCUCCUGAAGUUGUCAAUAAAGAGGUAAAUCCAUAUUCAGAUCAGUAGGAUUUAAAUGUCUCAAACCUGAGCUCAUAAAAACAGUAAGCAUCCCCACUAAAGUAGAUAUCAAAUUAAAAGCUCGCACUAUUUUAGAAGUCAGUGUCCUAAAUAUCUAAGAAAAACUUUGAUUUUGAUCUUCUUUAGAGUGCUCAUGGCUUUAACUUCAAAAACUUAUCCUCAAACUUUCAAGUGAACAUCACAAGGAAUAUGUUGAGACAUUCAUCAUGCUAAACAUCAACUUUGAAUACUAUUGUUUAAAAAGAAAAGCUUUCUACAAAUUCUAUUUAUGGAAUGGAUCAGUAACCUGAUAAACCUGAAUUCAUUUUCAAAAAAUCAAGGCCUACUUUUAUUAUUAAUAAGAGGAGCGCCUUCUCUAACAAAUCUAACAAUAGUAGCCACCAGUAGAGUAGCUUGAAUAGAAAUCCUCUAAAUACAAGACUUGAGGAUUUAUCAAAAGAAAGACUGGACGACAAGAAAACAAGAGAAGCAAUCUAUGAGAUUAAUGGAAUAAUAGAUAAAAUAAGCCUUAACAGAGAUCUAAGUCAACAAAAUAAUUAGAUAAAUAAUGGUUAAAAACUUGAAUUGUGGAAUCAGUAGCCAACAGUCAAUGAUAAUAAUAGCCACUAAUCACCUCUUAAUCCAGUUUUGAAACAAACUACGAGAUAGAAAUUUCUUAGAAUUAGUGACUUAUUUGUUGAAAAAGAAGCGAUAGUCUUCCAAAGAAAGAACCAGCAAGAUAGGGAUUAAACAGAUAGCUAGACUCAAUUUAAUGUUUAAAGAGUUGUUUAUAACAAAAACCAAAGAGAAUCUGAAAACUUUGUUUCAAAAAAGGUUACAUAAAGCCUUAUAUCUAUGAAUAAUACUAUUACAAACACAUCAACUAACCUACUCAGAUGA